CCCUAAAAUAAAGAGACAGCCUGUUCACUAAUGGCCUAGCAACCCAAAUUUCCCUGCAGGGAGGUAAGUUUUUGUACACUAAGACCAAAGUGUCCCUCGUGUAUGAAGACUUCAUUAAUGACAAUUUACAUUCGUCUCCUAGGCAGCUCCAAUGAGGCAAGAGAAGGAAAAGCAGACAAAGGCAAGGAACAGAUGUAGUGCAGGAAUCUUUAAGCAUGUGAUAAGAGGAGGAGAAGAGGCAGCAGGGAGCAGAAGAGGCAGCAGCCACAAGCGAUCUGUUGGAUGGUCAAGCACACAAGUGACAAGGCAAGUUUGACAUGAAUCUAAACCGAUGAAGAAAUGGAAGGACAGAACAUACCAGCUGUUAUGAUCUGUUUAUUUCACAUCGGUGCUACACUUUGGGGUUUUACAGAACAGGAAGAAGUAACAGGACUGUUUUCCAAGUAUUGUAUCCUCCCAUGUCAUUUCCCACCUGGGCAUGAUGAAGUAAUACACUGGAGCAAAGAGAACAAAAAAGUGCACAGUUACUACCAGCAGAAGGAUCAGCUGGAAGAACAAGAUCCACAUUACAGACUCAGAACACACCUUUUCCAGGAGAACAUCCCUAGUGGAAAUGCCUCCUUGAAACUUAACCUGACCAUGAGCUCUGAUACCUGCUACCCGGGAACAGCACAAGAUGAAACAAAAGUGGAAGUGCUGCUAUGCAUGAGGGUUCCUUCUUCUUAUGUACUGGAAUACCACAAGACAAACACAGAAAGGAGACUGAAGUGCCAUGCCUUUCUCACUUAUCCAGCACCAAAUAUAUCUUGGGUAGAAGGCAGUAUAUCCAUCUAAGAGACAGAUUGGGAGGAAACUAGAAGUGGAGUUCUCUAUUCUCUUAGAAGUGACAAGGACAUUAUAAACAUUAGAUAUUACUUUCAUAUUCAUUUCCAUCAUGAAGUGUGGGCUGCUUAAUGGAAGAUGCAAGACCACCUGUUUAAUGUGGAAGGAGGUAGCACCAUAAUUCCUUGUGAACAGGGCAAUGACACUGCAAGCACUGAUGGUUUCAGUGUUGUCUGGGCAUUACACAGAAAUGCAGUGACCUCAUCCUGGCCUCAAGUCCAGGUUAAGGAGAAUUCACUGAUGUUGGAUCAUCUUACUGCAGGUGACAGUGGAGAAUAUCUGUGUAAUAUUUCAACACCUCCCUGCACAAAACUUUGCACAUUGAGUUCUAUAGGAAAUUUCCAGAGGAAUACAGAAUUUUUCAAAUACUUUGGACAAGACACAGCAGGGGAAAGAUAGCCUGAGGUAGUAGAACCAUACAGUUCUUCUGACAGUUUGGUGCUGUGCAGAGGUUUCUUCUAGGUGGGCUUUGAUCUCCUGUGGAAUCCAUGGUUAUCACUCAUCUCAGAUUUCUUGUGUCCACCUGGAUUGCAUGGUUGCACUAUGAGGCUGGGCAUUGUUUCAGAUUAAAGUUAUAAAGAUUUUGCAGCCAGAGUAAUGAAAUUUCUGAUCCAGGCUGGAUAACAUUUACAGAGCUGCUCUACUGUAAAUCCUCAGUGCUGUUAAUGGCACUGAGCACUGCACCUGGACAAAGUGUUCAGCACACUGGGCAGCUGAUUUGUUUUAAAUGGGACUUGUAUUAAGAAGUUGUCAAAUCCUAUCCCAUGAGCACACAUGGAAUUUGCUAUCUGCACAAUUAAGUAAAAUAAUGUGCUUUUGGAUAUUUACACUUAAGUCAGUAAAGUAUCACUUCAAUGUCUUAUUUGUCAGGUAACCUGAACAUUAUUGUCCUUGUCUCAGUUUUGUUUUAAUCUUUCUUUCUCCCUAAAUCAUACCUUUUAGAUUAUAAAUUAGAAAAAAAAUCAUAGCUUUGAUAUAUUUAUUGAACAAUAGUGAAUAUUUGCAAUAUAAGGCACUUCUGUUUUGUAGAUGUAUUUUUAAAGAAAAUUCAGGUAACAUCUGGAUAAUUGUGCUAGGAGUGCUUGGUGCAGUGGCAACAGUGGUACUUUGCUAUCUCAAGCUAUGUACAAUCAUUAGAAUACUUAUUUUUUAAGGUGCUGUGGAUACCAAGCCCUUCAUGAUUUGAAUGAGGGUUUGAGCCAAGCUCUUCUAUUUUGAAAAAAUUGGUAAUCAGUAGCUGUAGUUAGACAAUUAUGAUUAAACAACUACACUUGUUAGCAUUGUUUGCUAGGCUGCUCUUUUGUUUUAAGAAAAAGGGAAGACAGUCCUAAUGUGUACAGGCUGUCUGGACAAGGGCCACCAGGAGUGAAAUCAAAAGAGCUGAGCAGUAAGUGGGGAAAGGUAAUUCUGGCACUGGGAGAUUGAAACCCAUUGACCAGCUCCUCAAAAUGGACCCCCAGUUGAAAUUGAAUGGAAAAACCUAAAUCCAGACCUUGACUGUUUGUCCAAAAUAUAAAUUGUAUUUUCAUAGGUUUUUAUUCAUAUAAAAAAGACUGAAAAUGUAGGAAGAUAAGUUUCAGCAAAAAUAAAUUGUUCUCACUCUUGCUAUUUUGUAAGUCCAAAGGCCCUCCGUGGUGCAUUUAUGCAACAGUAUUUUGGUUAUAACAAUGUCAACAAGUCCUUCCUUUGAUCAGAUACACUUCUGUGCUUUAGAGAAGGAUGAAAGAGUUGGUUAUCCCUCACAAAUAUUUUCUGAUAACUUGCUUAAAGAACGAUUGAAUUGCUGAAUUUUCUUACUUGUCCUUAAGACCAAAAAUAAUCCAAAUCAAAAUGGGAAGUUUCUCAAACAAUGCUCUUACCUUAGAUCUUCAUUAGGGCCAAAAUUACUGUUUAAUUGUGUCCAAUGUCAAAACCUGUCAAAACCUAUGUUUGAAAAGUGAUACUAAAUUGCUUUGUAUAGUAGAUCAGUGGAACCAUAUAGUCCCUGACCUCAUCUCUCUGCACAACUCUCCUCUUUACUGGAGUACAACUUCAAGUGGAUGCAUUUUAUUCUCAUGUGUUUGCAAUAGGUUGGCUCUGUCUUAGAAUAGUCUGUCUCUUUCCUUUGCAAUUGAAGUGAGUAUCCUUAAAAAUCCAAACUUUAGUUCUUAGUCCAUCCUUCUGUGCCUGACCCUACCCUAUGGAGAGAUUUACCUUCAAACUCCCUGUGUCUGAAGCUUUUGUCACAGUCUGGAUUUGGUAAGCUUCAGGAGACAUUUUAUGAUGGGGUACAGCAAAAACACAUGAGAAAGAAAACUCUGAUUAUGCCUCAGUCUUUUUUCAUUUUUCUCUCUACAUAGAGAUUCACUUGCUUAUUAAAAAAUUGUAACAUGCUUUAGAGAUGAUAAUAUACUUUGAGAUGCAGUUGGUUAAACAAUUUAAGCACUAUUAAGUUAUCUUGAGACCUGUUUAGCCCUCAAACAUAUCAUGAUCAGAGGAAGUGGAACAGUUUACAGGUUAACUCAGCUCUGGUUAUAUUGAUGGAGGACAAGAUGGAGAAAACAGGAAUUAAUUCUGCACUGUCAUGUGGAUGCUUAUUUUACUCAAAUAAUGCUGAAAUGGAAAAUGCUGACUUAUCUUUAGAACCUUGUUCUGUUCCCACUAGGGGAUUAAUUUUACACAUCAGUAGUUCUUAUGAGUAUUUUUAUUUUGUCUAGAAAAAAAGGAAGAGAGGAAUCAUAUGAACACCUUGACAUACAGGAAGAAAAUAGGUCUCUGCACACAGAUAUUACUGAGAUUGGUGAUGAAAAGAACAAAGAGUUCCUUCACCUUCCCCCUUGAAUUACAGUAAGAAACACAUGGAAAUGUGAUUUUCUGAGCAACAGUAAUGGACAAACGUGGAGGGAAAAAAGUCAAUGGACACUUGUAUAUGAAAAGUCAUGUAGCAGGGCAUCUCACCCUCCACAUGAGCUUAUCUGUUACUUGUUAACUGGUGAGUUAAUUCAAACCAGGCAAAGCUGUAUUGUAGUGGGUUGUUUUGGCACCAUGGGAUUACCAUUGGCCUGGCAUCUCCCAGCUGACAAUAAGCAUCUUACUGUGAAAGUGAGAUCUGGAAAGAGAAACUGAAUUUCUGACUGACAGGCACCUAGCUUUACAAACUAUAUAAGCUGCAUCAAACUUUCCCAAAGCAGAAAUCUUCUGCACAUUUUCCUGGAAACACAGAGUUUUUCAUCAGAGCAGGAAGACCUGCUUUGCAGUUACUUCUCUGGAGGCUGAGUAUUUUGUUUACUAGUUUUAAUAUAGGUACCUUGAUAUCAUGCACUGUUUUAUGUAAUCUACUGCUAGUUCUUUUGUUUUAUACUGUGUCAUAAGUAACUCUGAUUAAGACCUUUCAUGUGUUACCUCCUGUCUUGUUCCAUAAAUAACUCAUUUUAUAAGUAGAUAUAAUCUGCCAUCCUUAGAACUUGCAGGCCAGAGUGAUUUCUUAAAUUUAAGGCAGGGCUUGUCUGAAGCUCCCACUCAUCCUGUGACAAGUCAGCAUGCAAAACUGGAUUUCCUAAAGGGACAAAGAAGUUUCCAGAAAAGAAGAAAUCCCUAAAUUUCAAGGUUGGCAUUUUUUUUUUUUUUUUCAGGAUGAGGACAAGAGAGCUCACUGGUUUUCAUUUCAUUUAGUAUUUUAUUUUAAAGCAAAGACCACGUCUGCUACUCACAGCAGCGAGUCCGAGCCCAGCAGAGUGUGCUGGGCUGGCAGUGACAGGGGGAGCAGAGAAAUGUCAGAGUGGGAACAGCUGUGGGGAACAAAACAGUGGCAAACUGAGGUGUGAGGAGCUGAAUGCUGCCAAGCACAGCCUAGUGCAGCAGUCUGGAAAAUGGGCACUGUAACAUGGAUGAUCCAGCUUUCUGGGGUUUGUCUAUCAUUGGUUUCCAUUGUCUUGGGCUGAGGGAUAGGAAAUGUUAGCUGUGGGAGCCUCCCCCACCAUCUUGCUUUUGUCCUGGGGGCCACAUGGUGUGUGGGAAUGGUUGCCACCUUGUCUUUGUCUGGAAAAACUUGUGGAGCUGGCAGCACUGGAACAGUUGCCACCUUGUCCCAGAGAACCACAUGGACAUGACCUACAGGGAGUGUCCACCAUCUUGUCUUUGUCACAGCUGACACAUGGAACUCAGUUGAGAUGGUGAACACCUCUUUGUGGGUAAAACAACU